UUGUGUAUUGCGUCAGUUAUACAUUUUUAUUUUAUAUAUUAUAAGUUUAUCAUGGAGACAAAUCAAAAUACUGUUUUUUUUUUAAAUUUUGCCGAUUUUCCUAAAGAUUCCCGCAACAGUAUAAAAUUUAUCGUGGAUAUCUUAUUUUCGAAAAUCUACCCUUUGUUACAAAGAAUUAGUGAAAAUUUACAUAACAAUCAUAAAGAAGACUUUACGGAUGAAAAUUAUGUAGCAAUACGAAAUGUUUACACUUUGUGUUCGGAUCAAAUAAGAAAAUGUUAUUUAUCAAUGUUAGAAAUUAUCAAAUUGGAAUAUAACAAUGGGGUUUAUUUACAGGAGAGUCGGCAAUGUAUUUGUGAGAGAUUGUCUUGGUGCUAUCAGAAAUUAUUCUCAAUCGAGCAACUUCUCGAGGAAACCUUAGUGGAUGAAGAGGAAUCAUUAAAUAGUUCUAUCCUCAUUCCGACCAUGUAUUUUGUCAAUUGGAUUGAUCAAACAUUUGAAGUUCUUAAUAAAUUAUCCAGCAUUAUUUAUAGAGAUAGUUUUAAAAGGAAUGAUGAAAUACAAACUGGAUGGAAACAAGAAUUAUUGGAAUGUGUAAGAGGAUUACAUACUUCUAUAGAUGAAUUGUUGCUAUCGUCUAUGACUUUAUGUAAAUAUUGCUUACCAGAUGAUCAACAUGUCGUUAAAGCACGCUGCCAAGUGGUGUUGAGAGAAACAAAAUCACUGUUAAGUGAAUUGAUUGAUGGUAAUAUUGAAGUAGUACAACCGACUCUAUUUAACCUGAAAUUACCAAUAAUGCCUUCUAAUGUCAAUUUACUAAUAGAUGUUCUGAAAGAUGUUCUGUAUGCCUUAGAAACAAAUACGAACACAGCUUUGUUAGCAUUAGUAGUUCAUUGCUUUAGUCAAAAUAUGACACAAGCAGAUAUGUUAAAAUGUCACUUUGUAACAAGUCCUAGAGGAGAGUGCACCUGCCAGGGCAAUGAUGAAGAUGUUGUCGAAAAGUGCAGUUUCAUUAAAGAAUUUGAUUUGCACAAUGAAAGAUUAUUGCAAAUUGGGUCUUUUGCAAUGUCUUGUUCAUCAGAUCAAAAAAGAAUAUUAUGUCUACGUAGUGGUUUAGCGAGCCUAGAAGCAUUGGACCCACAUCUAGUGCCAGCUGUUAUGCUUUCGCCAUGUAGUCACCACUCCUCAAUACUGGUCAAUAUUUGGAAUCAGGAAGUGAUGGAGAUCAGGGAUAGUGUAUUUUUAAUUGUGGAUCCUGCUGCUUUUGCUGAUAAAGCUAGACAAAUGAUGCACCAAAAAUUACUAGAAAUAACAAAAGGAGGUAGCAACAAUAACAGUAAAACUUGCGAAGUUAUUAACAUUGGCUCAAUUGUUUAUGAGUUUUUUAAUGUUUAUGAAAGAUUUGAACCCAAUGCCUUGACCUGCCAAGAACAACUAUCAAGUCUCUUAAUGGAUUUGAACAAGGUUCAAAAAGAAUGUAAAGUAGUAAGCAAUCUACUAAGCUCAGCAGAUGACCACAUAUAUGAUAUAGAAAUGACAGUUCCUAAAAACAAUGCAGUAACCGUAGAUCAACUUAUAAAACGUCUCAAACUUUUAUAUACAUUGGUUAAAAGAAUAACAAAUUUAUUAAAUCCAAAAGAAAAUGAUGAAGAAUUCUAUGAGGAGCCAUUAGAAAAUAAGAAUGUCACACAAACAAUAAAUUUUGUAAAUGGUAACACUUAUGUCAAUUCACCUAAAAAGCAACCAAAUCUCACGAGAAGUAUGUUUGCUCGAACAAAUAUAAGGUCAUCAACUGGCAAGUUCCCUCUGGCGGUUCUAAAGAAGCAUUUAAAAUCGAGAAACUCAAAGGACUUAAGUUUUUCAAUACAAUUUGAUGAAUUAUGUAACUUAUCAGAGAUUAAAAUGAAAAAUCGUGAGAUGUCAAUACUUUAUUCCCCAUUCAAACCCAGGUCCUCUCUGAGGAAGGCAGUAUUGAGUAAACUCUGUGCGGUGCCAUUUGAUAAAGAAAAUAUACUAGAAGGUAAAGCGCUCUUGGAACCGAGUGUUAUGUCAGAAGAAGAUAGUUUUAUGGAUGACAAUACAAGUUUACAGAUAACAGAUGUCCUGAAUCACAUCAACGAUAUAACAAACAUGUCCAUUAACAAAAUACGUCCAUUCAAUUCAACAGUUUUAAAAGAAAAACCGUUAAGAAAUUAUAACGAAUCCAGAAAUAAUGUUUUGAAACUGGCAGUUAAUAACGAAUCGACAUUUAAACGCAUUUGGAACAUUAGUAUUAAUAAUAGUUCCAGUAAGCAAGAUGUAACUGCUUGUACUUCGAAUAUGACGCAACCAUCAGAUGUGAAUACAUUGGAAAGAUUGAAUGAUUUAGAUCUUGUGGAAAGUAAAUUGAGUGAUUUAAAAUUUGGACAUUUUGAAACUAGCUUAUAAGCGAAUUGAUAAUUAAUGAAUGA